CCCAUCUGCACGAGAUGGGCCUGAUCUGGUCUCUUCCCAGGGCACGCCGGCCGGUGUCACCGGCUGGGUUGGAGAGAGACUCAGCGCAGGACUUCUGCAAACACAGGGGCAGGGAAUCGUGUGUCAUCCUGUGUGGUUUGCAACCAUGGAAAUCCCUGCCGAGGGCUAUAAAAUACAGAGGCAGGCGAGGGGGGAGCCAGACCAUUCUCAGCCACCCCACUGUGGAGCAACCUGCCUCUGCCGGAGCCGGAGCCAAGAGAACCUGCCUGGAAAUGAAGGUCACCUCCUUCGCCCUGGCAACGCUGCUCCUUGCCGCUCUCUGGACUGAAGCCCACUGCGAUUCCUUCAUCAGCCAGAGCAACACAUGCUGCAUGAAAGAUAAUUUUGUGCUUAGAAGAAUUUCUCCAAAAUACAUCAAAAGUUGCAGACCCACAGGUCCUAACUGCUCCCGCCAGGCCGUGAUAGUGACGCUCACACAGGGGAAGGAAGUCUGUGUUGAUCCCAGUAAGAUACGGUUGGCCACAUGUAAAGGAAAGCAAGAAAAAUCACUUAAAGACACCCGGCCUGCACAGCUGAGACAGCAGCAGAUGGACACGAACUCAGUGUAACGCCCGACGUUAUUUAUAUGGACUGAUGUGUCUCAGUGCACGGUUUUGAGAGGCUAUUUUUCUGGCCCUGUUUAUUUAAGGAGAACCCUUCCCAUUCCCUCCAUCCCUUCUGUGUCCUUUGUCCCCCAGUGACUGUGUGAUGGGGAAGCGACCCCCUGCCAACACCACUGUCAUUCUUUG